CGCGUUUGUCGAAGAUAGGACGCUUUGAAGCUAUCAAAUCAACUUAUCAGCCAUGGGGGAAUGAAGACCUAGUGCAUGUGUGAAGGAAAAUGAGGAAAAUGAGUGUCCAACUAGGUAGUGAAGAAGAAAAGGAGCUGGACCCAUCAGUGACGAGCAUCAGGCAGAAGUGUGCCAACUGCCUCAAGGGACCCAACCUGAUCAAGACUGUGGUCGUGGUCGUGUGUACAGCUGUUGUGGUGCAACAGAUAUCAGUAUGCGUGUCGAAGCUGAUAGACGUGCCGAUCACGACUUAUACGCACUUCGACUUCAACAAGACCAUCAUGUAUCCGAGCCUCACAUUCUGCAGGGAACCACCGUAUAAGUUUAAUAAGAUGUUGGAGUACGGCCUAUACGCGCAUCCAAGGCACACGUCAACGUGGCUGCGGUUCAACUUCUCCUCGUAUGACCUGGAUGACCUCUGGGAAGACAUCACAUACGACCACACUGAGUUCUUCGCGCAGUAUGGAUUAAAUGGCUCGAUGGAUAACGUAGAGAUCCAGUCAACGGCAUUAUUCGUCCACGGGCGGUGCCACACCCUGGUCCCUCGUGUCCCCAUCAGCCAGGCCUCCAAGUCCAGCGGCUACUCCAUCACCCUCCAGCACAGCGCCGAAGAUGUCUCCACCACCACCAGCAUCUACCCACCAGGGUACCAUGUCUUUGUGCAUUAUACUCGGGAACCUUUUACUGAAGUACAAGUGUACAAUGGUGGACUGGUAGAUCAUGUGUACGUAAACACAGGGGAGACCGUGGACGUCAAAUUGACUGUGGAUGAGUACAACAAGAUCACCAGCGAUUCUGAUCCCUGCACCACUGCUGCCAACUACAGCGCCAAUACUUGUACAACUCAAUACGUAUGGGACGUGGUAAGCAACUCCGUGGGCUGCUCCGGACCCUGGAUGGUCAGUGACUUACCCUACUGCAGCAACUACACCGCCAUGAGAAGGCUCAUCAGCACUUACAUGAACACGUAUGACUGCCACAACACGGCAGUGUGUCCUCGCUUCUGCCGGGCAUACCUGUACAACGCUUUCGUCACGGAGCGCCAGAGGCAGUACAUUUGGGACUCCACACAACUCAACUGGGCUCUUCGCAAUGGAGACGAAUCCCUACAAUCCACGGUGUACUUCCAUUUCAAUUCCAUGAUGGUGCCUGUGUAUGAAGAGCGGUACAACUAUGAUUGGAACAUAUUUGUCGCCGACCUCGGAGGCAGUGUGGGCUUCCUCCUAGGACUAUCAGUAAUCGGAUUGAUGACAAUUGUUGGAAAGAUGUGGUACACGAUUAUCACUCCGUUCUUCAAGUCUUCCAAAGUCAAGAAGGAUGCCCAGAGUAUCACUAGUAACCACAGUAUUUCUAGUUCUACUAUCACUGCUAAGGUUGACAACCUUUACAAAGACCAAGACAAGAAUACUUCGAAUACAAUUAGUCCUAACAACGAAGAGUUUGCUAAGAAAUAUAACGAAUGGCAAUUGAACAGUUUAAAGGAUCCGUGAUUCUGUUGUUAGUUUUA